AUUCCAUAACACAUUUAUUUGUUACUCUUUCCGUUCCUUUGAAAUCUCAAAAUGACUGGACGCUUUUCUGGAAAAGUUGCAAUUAUCACUGGUUCCUCUUUUGGAAUUGGAAGAGCAACUGCUCUACUUUUUGCAAAAGAAGGAGCUAAAGUUACUGUGACUGGAAGAAGCGAAGAAAGACUUCAAGGAUCCAAGCAAGCUUUGCUAGAUGCUGGAAUUUCUGAUAGCAACUUUUUAAUUGUUCCUGCUGAUAUUACCACGUCCUCCGGACAAGAUGCACUGAUCAGUAAAACUUUGGAAAAGUUUGGUCAAAUUAAUAUCCUUGUGAACAAUGCCGGAGCUUCCAUCGCUGAUUCGCAGAACAGAGCUGGAUUAGAUCAAGGAAUCGACACAUACGAGAAAGUUUUGAAGCUCAAUGUGCAAAGUGUUAUUGAAAUGACACAGAAAAUUCGUCCUCAUUUGGCAAAAACUCGUGGAGAAAUUGUUAAUGUUUCAAGUGUUGCUGCUUUGAAAUUUGCACAUGUACGUAAUCCAUACUACCCACUGGCAAAAGCUGCUCUAGAUCAAUACACAAGAAGUGCUGCAAUUGAUUUGAUUUCUCAAGGAAUUCGUGUAAAUACUGUUAAUCCAGGAGUUGUUGCAACUGGAUUUCAUGAGAGUUGUACUGGAUUGUCAACUGAAGAAUCUCAGAAAUUCUACGAUAAAGUCGGCGCAAACAAAUCUGCAAUUCCAUGUGGAUUUUCUGGAAGACCAGAGCAUAUUGCAAAGGCGAUUGCCUUUUUGGCGGACCGUGACUCAUCUGAGUACAUUAUUGGACAGAAUAUCAUUGCUGAUGGUGGAACCAGUCUGGUUCUUGGAUUCCAUGCUCAGUUGCCCCAAAAAUAAAUAAACGCAUUUUCAUUUUAACUGCUUUUCGAUUUUUAGUUAUUUAUCACGAUUGAAAAAAGAUAAACUAAAAAUUGUACAUUGGAAUGAAUAAAUAUCACUAUCGAAAA